AGGACCAGUUAUCAAGAGUAGUAGCAUCACCUUUAUUUAGUUUUUCUCUUUUAUGAACCUCGUGAUACUAUACUACACUAUACCACUGUUUUGUGGUACCUUUCUUCUCUUCUCUUUACAUCACAUUCCAUUACAUAACCUCUCUUUCACACAAUUCCUAUCACUCUUUUUCCAUUUUUCUCAUGGAAGAAGAACCAUUUCACCAUUAAUUCCUAAAUUCAACACACACAACUAAAAUGCCUUCUAGUUCAAGUCUUGUUAUUUUCAUUUUCCUUCAUUUUAUUCUUUUCUUUAGUUUCCGAGUCAACUCGGAACCGGUUCAAGAUAAGCAAGCACUCCUUGCUUUCAUUUCACAAACACCACACUCGAACCGGGUUCAAUGGAACGCUUCGGACUCGGUUUGUAACUGGGUCGGUGUUCAAUGUGACGCUACAAAUUCAUCUGUUUAUUCUCUCCGUUUACCCGCCGUUGAUCUCGUCGGCCCCCUCCCACCCAACACAAUCGGACGGCUCACAAAUCUCCGUGUCCUCAGUCUCCGUUCAAACGGCCUCACCGGUGAGAUCCCCACCGAUUUCUCCAAUUUAACUUUUCUUCGUAGCAUAUAUCUUCAGAAGAAUAAAUUCUCCGGUGAGUUCCCGGCGAGUUUAACUCGCUUAACUCGUUUGACUCGGUUGGAUCUCUCUUCAAACAACUUCACCGGUUCAAUUCCAUUCUCCAUCAACAAUUUAACUCAUCUCAGUGGUUUGUUCUUGGAGAAUAACACAUUCUCCGGUAGUCUUCCAAGUAUCACUGCAAAUUUGAACGGUUUCGAUGUUUCCAAUAACAAUCUCAAUGGUUCAAUCCCAAAGACACUCUCGAAGUUCCCCGAAGCAUCAUUCGCUGGAAACUUAGAUCUCUGUGGUCCACCGUUGAAAACAUCAUGUAGUCCGUUUUUCCCGGCGCCGGCGCCGUCACCGGACAACAUUCCACCGGCGGACAAACCAAAGAAAAAAUCCAAAAAACUUUCCACCGGAGCCAUUGUCGCAAUUGUAGUUGGUUCAAUUCUCUUCCUAGCAAUACUGCUAUUACUAUUAUUACUCUGUCUCCGAAAACGCCGUCGCCGGACACCAGCAAAACCACCAAAACCAGUAGUAGCAGCACGUUCAGCUCCAGCUGAAGCCGGUACAUCGUCUUCAAAAGACGAUAUAACAGGCGGUUCAGCCGAAGCAGAGAGGGAGAGGAACAAACUGGUGUUUUUCGACGGUGGAAUAUACAGUUUUGAUUUGGAGGAUUUGCUUAGAGCUUCUGCGGAGGUAUUAGGAAAGGGAAGUGUUGGAACUUCGUAUAAAGCGGUGUUGGAAGAAGGAACAACGGUGGUUGUUAAAAGGUUGAAAGAUGUUGUUGUUACUAAAAAAGAGUUUGAGAUGCAAAUGGAGAUUUUGGGAAAGAUUAAGCAUGAUAAUGUGGUUCCAUUAAGAGCUUUUUACUACUCUAAAGAUGAAAAAUUGCUUGUUUAUGAUUACAUGGCCGCCGGAAGCUUAUCUGCACUUCUUCACGGUAGCAGAGGAUCUGGACGAACGCCGCUAGAUUGGGACAACCGGAUGAGAAUAGCACUAGGUGCAUCAAGAGGAGUAGCAUGCCUCCACGCAUCAGGCAAAGUAGUCCACGGCAACAUCAAAUCCUCCAACAUCCUCCUCAAAGGACCCGACAAUGACGCCAGUGUUUCAGAUUUCGGCCUCAACCCAUUAUUCGGAAAUGGAUCCCCAUCAAACCGUGUUGCAGGCUACCGGGCACCUGAAGUUCUAGAAACCCGAAAAGUCACAUUCAAAUCUGAUGUAUACAGCUUUGGAGUCUUACUCUUGGAGCUAUUAACAGGCAAAGCACCCAAUCAAGCUUCACUUGGUGAAGAAGGCAUUGAUCUACCAAGAUGGGUCCAAUCCGUUGUUCGUGAAGAAUGGACCGCAGAAGUUUUUGAUGCUGAAUUGAUGAGGUUUCAUAACAUUGAAGAGGAAAUGGUUCAGUUGCUACAAAUUGCAAUGGCUUGUGUUUCUAUUGUGCCUGAUCAAAGACCAAGUAUGCAAGAUGUGGUACGUAUGAUUGAAGAUAUGAAUCGUGGGGAAACUGAUGAGGGACUUCGACAGUCGUCGGAUGAUCCUUCUAAAGGAUCUGAGGGUCAUACUCCUCCUCCUGAAUCAAGGACUCCACCUAGAUCACGCACACCUUAGCAAAACUGGUUAAAUUCAAGAAGAAAAAAAGAAAGGAAAGUAUUUGUUGAAUUGAAAUUAAAGAUCAUAAAAAAGAGAAAAGGACAAGGCAUGGUGGUGGGUCGCUCUUAAAAUUGUGCCUAAUCUGCUCUACUAUGUUUGGCGCGUUAUUUCUCGAUUGGUCUUUCCGGUGGUGGUCCAAUUAAUGUGUAUUUUAUUCCUUUCAUGUAUUUUAUUUGAUUUUUUUUUGUUUUAUUGUUAUUAGUUUUGAUUUUUUUACAGGGUGGAGAGUUUGAAAAUUGUUAAUUAAAGUGGGGUUGGGGAGAGGAGAGGAGAGGAGAGGGACUGUUAGUAGUUCCAAACCAAUUAAGAUUGACCAUUUAAUGAUUUUUAAUUGCCAUUUUUCGUAGAUUUUUAUAGUUAAUUGUUCA